AUAAGAGAUGUCGACCGGGACCAGGACAAUCCAACGACCGCCGUCACCCUCUGCGGUCGUCGCAGUACCUGAACCGGCACCGGUACUGACAACUUCAAGGAAACGACGGGUCGCCAUAGCUGUAUUCGUUUUGCUCGCAAAUCUGGUGCAGAUGAUAUCCAACGGUGCCACAGUCGCUGGCGGCUUCCAAAUCGGAAGAGACUUGGGCGUUCGCGACGUCCGACUGUCCAACUGGGUCGCCGCCAGCUAUCCCCUCACCCAAGGCUCUUUUGUCCUGGUCAGCGGCAGACUAGGCUCUGUGUACGGCCACAAAAAGAUAUUGCUCUUUGGUGGUGCUUGGUUCUCCGCUUGGUCGUUGUUGAACAUUGCGUGCCGCUCCUUUUUGUCCUUCAAUAUCGCUCGUGGCUUCACCGGCAUGGGUGGUGCGCUCAUCCUUCCCAACGCCGUUGCCAUGAUCGGCAUCACCUUCCCACCAGGCCGCUCGCGCAACUUUUGUCUAGGCAUCUUCGGCGCUGCUGCUCCCAUCGGCGGAUAUCUCGGCGCUGUCCUGGCCGGCAUCUUUACGAGGUUUACCCCUUGGUGGGGCUUGUUCCUCUUCUUGGGUCUCCUUGCUUUUGUCGUCUUUACCGUCUUAUGGAAGCUUUUGCCUCCCGAAAAGCCUGUCGACGCGGACGGCAAGAUCGAUUGGAUUGGUGCUGCGCUCGGUACUGCUGGACUAAUUCUGUUCAACUUUACCUGGAAUCAAGCACCAGCCGCGGGAUGGAGCAAUCCCUAUCAAAUUGGCAUCCUCGUCGGUAGCAUUAGCACUCUUGCCCUCUUCGCAGCUUGGGAACUCCGCUCCUCUGCACCAAUUAUGCCUCUUAGCAUCUGGAAGGCGCCAUCAUUCCUACCGCUGAUGCUGUCAGUGUUAAUGUCCUUCAUGUCUUUUGGAAUAAUGCUAUGGUACAUGGUCGCUUGGGUCCAGUUAGUCCGCAGCUGGUCCACUCCGUUCCUCUUUUUUGGCGUUUUCGCCGCCUGGUGGGCCUCUUGGCUAGUGCCACGUGUGCCAGUGCAAUACAUUCUCGCCAUCGGCCUCCUCUCGGUCGCCAUAUCCAACAUCCUCAUCGCCACUAUGCCAGCUGAGCAGACUUACUGGGCCCAAGUCUUCCCCGCUACCAUCUUAAUGUCCUUUUGCCCGGAUCUCGUCUUCACCGCAGCGCAGAUCAUUGCCAGUAAUGCCGUGGGCCGUGCACAGCAGGGCGUCGCCGCCAGCCUGAUUGGCGUACUGCUGCUCUACGGAAACAGUAUCGGGCUUGGAUUCGCUGGAACGAUUGAGAUGCAGGUAGAUAAGGCGAAUAAGCAUCGUGUACUGGGUUAUCGCUCCGCGCUUUGGUUCGGUUGCGGGAUUGCCCUGUUCGCGCUGGUGUUGGACUUGGUAUUUGUGAGGAUGGAGAAGGAUGAUAGGGAGGGAUGGGAUGAUGACGAGGAUUAUGGAGAGGAGGAUAGAGCGAUGGCGUCUGGAGUUGAGUUGCAAGGGUGA